AUGUUGAUCGUUUCGGCCAGGGACGUCGCCUCCCUUCCGGCCCCCAUCUUGCCCCCAGUCUGCAUGCCGAUGAUUGCCGACAAGAAGGACCACACUGCGUUGCCGGUAAGAGCAUACGAUCCAGCGGUGGCCACUGCCAGAGGAGAAUCAUGCACCAUAAUCGUGGUCCGUGUCUGCGGCGUGCAUGCAGGUGUGGCAGCGCGUCGUCGCCGCCUCCCUCACCGGCCUGCUCUUCCUCGCAGUCAUCUGCAUCGAAUGGCACGCGUGGAACGCCCCCGAUGACCACAUCGCACCCAUGGAGACCCUCAACCCUGGGCCACCAGUGCAGCAAAAGGCCAAGUCGGACACAACACAACAGCCGCAGGAUGGCGUCUUUCGAAUCGCUCUGCAUAAGAAAGGCACCAAGCCGUCCGGGCAGGCGCUUCCCUCCACCCUUGGCCCAGCUCACCGCGUCCGGCCCCGGCCGAUCAAGCCGGCUCGUCCCUUUCACCCUGUCCGGCCGUCCCGCCCAAUCACCAUCCGGCCCUCUCAUCGUGCCGCCUUCCCGCCGCGACCGAGGCCCGUCGGACCGCGCCCGCACCGGCCACCACACGUGGGACCGCCUCAUGGUGUGUCUCAUUACGGUCUGCGGCGGCAACUGUCCGACAGCCGAGCGGCCGAUUUGAUCAUCAAGGAUUACUCCAAUGCGCAGUAUAUCGGUGAGGUUGAGGUGGGGAGUGAGAGGACGACGUUCCGCGUGAUCUUCGACACUGGCUCGAGCAACCUCUGGGUGCCAUCCAAGCUGUGUCGACGGUCGUGCAACGGGUAAGACCACCCUGCGUGCUGUCUGUCUGUCUGUCUGUCUGUCUGCCUCUCCCUCUCCCUCUCCCUCUCUCUCUUUGUCUCUGCACCUAACUGUCUUGUGCGUGUGUGUGAGUGCAGGCACGUUGUGUAUGACCACAAUGCGUCAGAGACAUACUCCUCUGACGGCCGCACCUUCCACAUUCAAUAUGGCAGCGGGCCAUGCUUUGGUGAGUGAGAGAGAGAGAGAGAGAGAUCAAAGCGAUGAGACAAGACAACCGGGGGACAAUCUUUCUCUCUCUCUACCCGAUCCCUGCACACUGCAUACAGGCUUCCUGUCGCGUGACGAUAUCAGUCUCGGGUCGAUUGCGCUCGCCAACAUCACUUUCGCAGAGUGCGAUCCAAGCAAGAUGCGCCAUUUCCCCACAUGGAUCCAUUGUUGGUUUUGGUCGUGGCGUUGGUGCGGUGUGUGCAGGGUGACAGAGGCGGGCGGUCUGGGCCAGGCCUACUCACGCGGGCAUUUCGACGGCAUCUUUGGGCUCGGCUUCCCCUCCCUGGCCGUCAGCACACACAACACAUCUGCACAAGUGUACCAUCCCCGUGCGCACUCUUCUGUUGGUCAGGUGGACGGUAUCGAUCCGCCCUUCUCGAUAAUGGUGGCACAGAAGCUCGUCACACAGCCAGGUAGAUAGCCAAGGCGGCAGACAAGAAAUCGCAGUGGCACACCUUUCUGCUGUGUGUGCCAAUAUGUGCAGUGUUCGCCUUCUACUUGGGCACUCAUGACGGCAUGGACGGCGAGCUGCUGUUAGGAGGUGAGACACAGCAGGCGAUUACCAUGAGUCUCCGCCUCUCAUGUGCUUGAUGAUUGGCGGCCACCUUCGUGCAGGUGUGAAUGAGGACCAUUACGAGGGGGACAUGACCUGGACACCUGUACUGCAACAAGACUACUGGGUAUGCAGUGCGGUGACAAACAAGCGAGAGUCGCCACCUGCACUAACCUGUGCCAAUCUGUCCCUUCUGAUUCUCUGCAGACGAUCGGUGUGGAUGCGCUGCUGAUCGAUACUGACCCCUUCCUGGGCGAGCACAAGGCCAUCGUCGACUCGGGCACAUCCGUAUUCGCCGGACCUCUCGACGCGGUAUGUCCGACAAAUAGACGGCAAGACAUGUAUGUGGGUCUUGUUCGUUUGUCGGUGGACAGGUCAGCAUACUGGCUGGUGCUCUGUCGGCGACGCCAUCUCGGUACGGCGCUCUCUAUCUGGUGCCGUGCAACGAGACACAGAAUCUGCUGGACAUCACUUUCAUCAUCAGUGAGCAAUCAUAUCAGGCCGUCGUUGUUCCAUUAUGUGUUUUUUCUCCUCUCUCCGUUUGCAGGUGGCAGGUCGUUUGUGGUCCGCCCUGAGGAUUACAUUCUGGACAUCGGCCUGCCUGACAAGUGUCUCUUCGCCUUUCUGUCCAUCGAGGUUAGCUGCCUCCACCAGACGGAUAAACCGAUGUGACAUGAGUGUGUCGUGCAGAUCCCGCCUCCCCGCGGCCCUCUGUGGAUUUUGGGCGACACCUUCAUGCGCCGCUACUACACUGUUUUCGACUAUGGCAACAAGAGGAUAGGGCUGGCCAAAGCAGCACAAGCUAAGGGAAGGAACCAACCAGCUGCUGGGAGCGAGAGCGAGGAGAUCAUGGAGUGAUAAGGAGGGCGUGUGUGUGAUAGACAGGGUGUCAGGCUGUCAGACAAAUGUGGGCUCUAAGACUUCAUUGUUGCAUAUGUCGAUUGGUUAGUCGACGCUAGGACUUCAUUGUUGCAUACGUUCGUCAUGCCAUACACGUCGAUUGGUCACUUGACGCUUAGAGACAUGAUCUCAUCCACGACUCUGCAAG